AUGGAACCUUUAUAUGAAAGGUUCAGAAAGCAAGCGCCUCCAGUAUUUCUGGGAGGCCCUGAUGUGGUAAAAGCUGAGCAGUGGUUGACCGUUAUUGAGAAAAUAUUGAACUUUAUGGGAGUAGCUGGAAAUGAUAGGGUGGCGUGUGCCACAUUUCAAUUUCAAGAAGAUGCCCUGAUCUGGUGGGAAAUGGUAUCCCUCACCAGAGAUGUAACUAGAAUGACCUGGGAAGAGUUUCGAGAAUUGUUUAAUGCCAAGUAUUACAAUGAGGCAGUCCGCAGUGCAAAGCGGAAGGAAUUUAUUGAGUUGGUACAAGGUGAGAAUAUGUCAGUGACCGAAUAUACCACCAAGUUUGAUCGCUUGGCCAAGUUGGCCUCCGGAAUUGUACCAACAGAUUUCAGCAAGAAAGAAAAAUAUUUGGCUGGGCUGAAUGCCAAAAUCAGACAUGACUUGGUUAUUACAACAAGUGAUACCACAACCUAUGCAGAAAUGGUUGAUAAGGCUCUUCGAGCUGAAGGAGCAGUCAAAUUUUUACAAGAAACCCGAGAGUCUUCUGGUGUUGGUGGGGCUACUACUCUCCCUAUGUCGGGUCCUGAGAAAGAGAGUGGGGGUUCUACCUUUGAACAGAAGAAAAGAACUUUUCCAUCUUCGGGAAGUUCAGGGCAAGGUUCUCGUAUCCCAAGAAUCUCAGCGUUGAAAGCUAGAGAUUUAUUACGAGACGGAUGUGUUGGUUUUCUGGCAGUGGUAGUGGAUUCCAGUAAACCUGUGUUACUUGGACCAGAAGAGGUUAAAGUGGUUAAGGAAUUCCUGGAUGUAUUUCCAGAGGAAUUGCCGGGAUUACCACCUCAGCGGGAGAUAGAUUUCAUCAUCGACUUAAUUCCUGGAGCAGAACCUGUUUCAAAGGCAAAUGUUGUGGCUGAUGCCUUAAGUAGAAAAGGACCUGAUCAAAUAGCCAACAUGGUUAUGUUUUCCUCACAGCUAGCCUCGGAAAUGACUAGAGCAAACAUUGAGUUGGGGAGUGAGGAAUUAUUUAAUCUGACACUUCAGUCAGAUUUGUUGGAAAGAAUCAGAAUGGCUCAGUUAGAAGAUUCAGAAUUGACUAAGAUUCGAGAAGAUGUCUUAGCGGGCAAAGCUAAGGACUUCUCCAUUGCUGACAAUGGAAUGCUGUUGUUUAAGGCACGGGAAUUGGAUUGUCACUCUCCUGUGGAGAUGUCCCAUCCAGGUUCAGAAAUAUAUCCUUCAAAACUUGUAACGCUGGAAUAUACCAACUGUUUUUCCUCUCCAUAUGUUCCUAAAAACUUCAAACCUCAGUUUAAAUUGGAAACGACGGAUUCCAAGACUAAAGAUCGUCUGAUUAAUCCAAAUCAAGUAGAUACAGUUGAUCAUUACAGAGAUUUUGAGAGCAAGUUCAGAGGUCCUCCUCAGGCUGACAAGGAAUUUAGGAAGAAGGUAAUCCUAGUUGGCGAGGUCAUGGAUUCUACUAAAGAACCCAAAUCGCUCAAGACCAAGGCUUGCACAAGAAAAUCUCCAAACCAGCCAAUCACUGGUGUUUAUAAAUUUCCCGAGGCUGGGAAUGAGGUCUUAGCCACAGGGAAUGAGAUCUCUGCUGCAGGAAAUGGGAUCUUCUGA